AUGAAUGAACAAGAUAUUUUAAAGGAUUUCAAAGGAUCAUUAAUUAUUGAUUCAGAAGGAAAAAUUUUAAGUGCUGCAGGUACUUUACAAGAAGAAUUUUAUAACUCACAAGGAUUCGCAACUACUAUUCUUUCAAUGUUACACGAUGUAAAUGUUAUUACUACUUCAAAUAAACAAGAAUUUAAAAGAAUGACAAUUACUUUUUCAAAUCAAACUUUUAUAGUCACAAUUGUUGGUCAAAAAAUUUUCGUAGUUGUACAAUAA